AUGUCUGCGCAUUUCUACGAAGUCGCACUUUUUGGCGAAUUUUUCUCUCAGGAUCUCAAGGCCAUCCUCAACCGUAUAACACUUCACAGCGAGUCAUCCCAGCCAAUGCACGCGCGUGAAAUCGUGUUCGAGCCUUUUGAUGCGCAGGCCCAGAAGAAUUCGGGAAGUGAUCCAGUACUGCUACGAGCCAGGAAAGAGCUCACUGAACCGUCGUCUGGUUGGGCACUAUUUUCGUAUCUCAAACCAGAGUCUGUCCGCGUGCACCCAGAGGCUACCGUUCGACCAUGGGCAACUUGUCAAGUUAUAGGUGACGCGCUCAGCUUUGCAUCAGCAUUGGGAUAUAUCCGUCGCUCCCAGAUCUAUAAGCGUGGAUAUGUAUUUCGCCGAGGAAUUCUUGUAAUCCAAAUGUUUCAACAAGAACAAGUUGACCCAAAAACCCAGCAGCCUAUCCCAGCACACGCAGAUACACUAUGGGAAGUCGAGGUCAAAACAGCGUCACCCAUUCGCAACACGCAAGAGACGCCUCUCAGCCACUCGGUGGAUGCGGUACUAGAAGUUCAACUGCUCAUGAAAGGAUUACUCGACCUGAGACGGCAGGACCUGUGAUAUAAAGCAUUGGUUUUCAACUUCUGCCAAUGACUGGUAAUAGGAGUAGUAUCAAGGUUUAUCUUGUUCCAAGUCGUCAUCCCAAUCCGCGAGAUCCACAUCACCGUCUUCAUCUAAGGCUCCCGUUCGCUUCAUUAGGUCCAGUAAUGUAGCAGGAUCCACUGUGACAUCCUCUUCUGAAGCACUUUCUUCCUUGUCAUCCGGUCCAUCUUCCACUCCUUCGUCUUCCUCGUCAUCCGUAUCUAUGGACACUGAACCAUCUUCGUCGCUAGCCGCAUACUCUCCAAGUGAGGUUAGUCCACCUCCGGCCACGGGGCUCUCUUCUUCACUUCCGUAUCCUCCUAGCAAACCCGCAAUGGCCUUCUUCCCUGCAUUAACGUCUAGUUUUCGUCGUUUGGGUAUUCUCUCUCCCUCAUUACUACGAGUAACAGUACCCUGUGCAUCAACUGUCGUCCCUGAAAAUGCACCUUCCUCCCAGACCUCGAUUGUGGGGAACUCCACGAAGUGGGUGUGUUGUAGGAGAGUCGAUAGUUUCUGCAUUGGGUCUAGCUUGUAGUAUGCGGUUUGCGGACCUAACAAGGGGUCUAGUUUUGCUUUGAUAAAACACUGCGGACACGUGAAAGCUUCUGGGUCUUCUGGGUCUGGGUGUACGAGCGACCUUGUCCACGCAGGUAUUUUAUCGUCUCUUUUCGAUCUGUUCCGUUCAACUACAUGACUCUGGAUGAGAGAAAGGAGUGGUUUAUCGAUGUUGUUUCGAUGAGUCAGCAGAGUGAACGUAGGGCUAGGAUCUGUUGAUGAAGGACCAAGAGGAUCGACAGGAGGAUGGAACAUGAAUUCGAUAGUCAAAAAAACUGUUUUAUUCCUACCGAAACAUACUUUGAGUUCGAAAAAA